AGCUCUUGCGGGCUGUCCUUUCCGCAGCAUUCCGCCCUCACUGUUGGCUUCCAGACUGGCUUAGCGAGCAACUCCUUUCCCUUCCCUCCCGGCAAUGAAAGAGUGCGGGCAGGCCUCGAAGGGGAGCCGUCUGCUUCUCUUAUAACCUGCACCGCCCCCUCCACGGCGUUGUUUUUGUUUCCUCUACAGCCGCUGGCAUGGUCGGCUCCGGCCUUCCCUCACUGCCCAAACCCCGGCCCGGCUGGCUUUUUACUUUCACCACUCUGGCCUUGCUUGUUGUGUUCGGUACUGCGGCAGCUUGGCAGUGGCGACGGCGCAACCGUCAAGGCCGGCGGCGGCUAAAGCGAGUGGGAACGGUGUCUAGUCUGUUCAUCUACCCGGUUAAGUCCUGCAGGGGUGUGGCCGUGGAGCGGGCUGAGGUGACUGAGCUGGGACUCCGGAACGGGGACAUGAGCGACAGGUGUUGGCUUGUAAUGAAAGAAGAUGGGCAUGUAGUGACUGCUCGGCAGGAGCCCCGGCUAGUAUUGAUUUCCAUCACCAAUGAAAGUGGCUGUUUAACCUUGAGUGCUCCAGAAAUGAAGGAUCUUCAUAUUCCUGCCCAGCUAUCAACCAAAAAUCCAGUGCAGAAUUGCAGGCUCUUUGGCCUUGAUGUCCAAGGCAGAGACUGUGGAGAAGAAGCAGCUCAAUGGAUCACAGCCUUCCUGAAAUCAGAAUCAUAUCGUUUGGUUCACUUUGAAUCAAAUAUGGUCCCAAGGAAUGCAAAAGAUGUAAUGAAACCUUUUCGAUCCACUGAUAAGAUUGCUUAUCCUGACUGUAGUCCAGUUAUGGUACUUUCUGAAGCUUCUUUAGAAGAGCUAAAUUCCCGAUUGGAGAAGAAAGUUCAAAUACGUAACUUUAGACCAAACAUUCUAGUCACAGGUUGUGGUCCUUAUGAGGAGGAUACCUGGAAUGAGAUUAAAAUUGGUGGUGUAGAAAUGAAAGGGACAAUGGCCUGCCCAAGGUGUAUUUUUACUACUGUUGAUCCAGACACUGGGGUAAUGGACAGAAAAGAGCCUCUUGAAACUUUGAAAAGUUACCGCAUGUGUGAUCCUUCUGAACAGCAUAUAUACAAAUCACACCCUCUCUUUGGAUGGUACUUUGGAAUUGAUAAAAUAGGAUCACUUCAAGUUGGAGAUCCUGUGUACAAGACAAUCUAAUGUUGUAAAUACAUCACAAGAGAAACUGUUUUCAUAUGUUUUUGUGAAAACCAUGCCUAAAUUGUUUUGGACCCUUUUUCUAACAAAUCAUUCUUACCUUGCAAUAAUGAAUAACACUUUUUUAUGCAGAGCUUUGGUAUAUAAUGAAAUGAUUCUAGGGUUUUGAAGAGGGAGUAAGUUGUUACAUUACUAAUAAGUAGACCUUUUGCAUAUAGGAGGUACAUAAUUAGAUCUGAAGCUUUCCAGAAUUCAACUUUUGGUCAUUACAAGCAGAUUAAUGGAAGCCUACUGAAAGGCAGAAGGAAGCAUGCACAUCAGUGGUCAAGUGCUUUUGGUUCACAGGUUGGCCCACCCUGAUUCUAAGCAUAUUACUUGAAAAUAUAUUCCAUUCGUUUCAGUGUUUCUUGGCUUCAUAUUGAGGCACAUUCCAGAUGUAAUGCUAAGCCAGUUAUAGCUUUGUGCAAAUGAUGAAACAUGCAGGUUCCUGGAGUGAAGAUUACGGCCGCAGUGCUUCCCGCCCCCAGUUCUACAGUUGCUGCACUACCUGGAGUGAAGCCAUGAUUUGGCUUAGUGUUGUAUCUGAAUCCAGGUUCAUGGUUUAUCUCACUCCAGACAAGGCAUACGCUGUAACCAAGUUUUGUUCUUGUUUUACUGCUUGUGGUUUAUCUGGGGGAGACAAACUGCAAGCUUGGGUUUGGACACAAUGCUAAGCCAAAUGGCUUAGCCCUGGAUAGCAAGUGAGGCAGCAGCAGGACUGGGGAGAAGCAGUGAAGCCACAGUUUUUGCUCUGUGAACCUGAUCGUUCAUGCUAAGCUGUGGUUUGGCUUCGUGUUGCAUGUGAACUGACUUUAGGUUUGCAUGCUCAAGAGUGAGAAAACAGAAAAGGCAAGCGCUUGUCUUCAGUAUCUUAUUGCACUGCAACAGAAUUUGUAUUUUCUUCUGUUGUGUAUGUUGCUAUAAUUCACAAAGAUGAUGAGUAUGUAGAAAAAAGCUUUCUCCUCAUUGAGCCUGUUUGCAUAUUGUUGAUUCCCUGUCUCAAAGUGAGUAAAAUGUGGUCAGUUCUGAAACAUAUGGUCCUGUUCAGAACAAUUUUGGAAAGUAACAAAUUCACUAAUUCCAAAGUCCACAUACCUUUUUUAGGACCAAACAAAAAGUUUAAAAAAAUAGGGCAAGCUUUCAAGUUUCCAGAAUUCUUUAUCAGGCAAGAUGACAUACAAGUUAAGUUUGAAGGGUGAUCGGAUGAAGAAUAAUAAAUAAAAAUAAAAAACCUUGAUGUUAUUGCUAUAAGAUCUGAAUAUAUUACAGGGUCCAAAGUGGAAACUGCCCUACCAGCAGGGUCCUAGGUGCCAAAAUAUUGGGUUGCACACUUGGGAUUCUGGGACAAGGAAGGAAAGAUGACUGCUUCCCCCAUUUCUUUGAGACGACAAUGCCAGUUAUUUGUGUUUCCCCCUCGUGCAUCCAACCCCUAAUAUAACCAUGUCACCUGAUGCAGAGUUCUGGAGAACUCAAAAGCUUGUCACAGGUUUUUUACUUUUUGGGUUGUCCUAAUAAAGGUAUUGUCCAACCUGAGAACUUCCGAUGUUGUUUCUUAUGGACCAUUGUGGCUACCCUUGUUUUAUGUAUGUGCAUUGAAGAAGUUCACUAAUUGUAAUCUUUGUAAGCAAUCUGACCUGGGAAAUACUAUUUUACAUAUUUUUGUACAAGUGACCUUGCAUAUGAAUGUCCUGUAAACAUUGUCUGAAGUUCUAUUUUGUGAAAUCUGCUUUACAAUUGCAAGUAAACUGAACUAAAUGGAUAUAUAAUGUAGAGUCUUUAUAACUUUUGAAAUGUUGCAUUCUUUGUUGUUGGUGCAUCUUCUCUCACCCCCCCCUUCUAGCAAAAUGUACAGUGAAGCUUGGAGAAAAAUGAAUUUAAGCUGCAAUCCUAUAUACAUCUGAGACUAAGCCCCAUCUAAUUCAGUAGGGGCAUAAACCUGAGUAGACAUGUAUAGGAUUGCACCGUAAAGCUGUAGUUAUGUUUACACUUUCCUGAGAAUAAGAAACUGCAAAUCUAUGCAUUCCUCUAGGUGAAAAUGACAAUUACUUUCUUAGGUUUAGUAGCCCUUGGCUGGGCAAUAAUUCUUCCGAUGUCUUGCCAAAAAGUAAGGCUAUCCAAACAGGGCAGCUGUUUUUCUUUUUUUAAAAGACCUUUUAUUGUUGUAAAAGACGAGUUCUACAACCUAUUUAUUUCUUAUGAAUAAAAGUGUUAGGUAGGUAAUGCUGUAAGGCAAGCUUCAAACAGGGUAGGGAUCAUUUACCAUAAAACGGUCCAAAGGCCUGGGCUAUGCAAGUGGGUUCCAAACACACAAUUUGUAAACUUUUAUCUCUGAACUUUGUCACAGUGGUUUUCUCCUACCAGACUCGGAGGCUUUAACAGUAUAAUUCCCAGACAGUGGUCAGUGAGAGAUGGAAAUGUUCAUAGAGUUGAUUCUUUUGACUUUUUCAGAAGAAAUUUUUUUCCAAAGCAUAUGUUUAAUUUAGAGUGAAAAGGAACAUCAUUCAAUGUGAUUAAAUCUG